ACUAGUAUAGCUAAAUCCAGAGUGCUGCCCUUAAAAGGCAAAAUGAGAGAGGUGAGGGUUGCAAUGGAUGAAAAAUAAAAAGGAAAAAAAGAAGAAAAUUCCUAUCAUAAAAUAGACAAAUUGAAAGUUUCAAUCUCAAUGUCAUUAUUCCUGUUCCAUUAUAUCCCACAAGAAAACGGCAAUGUCGUUUAUGAUUACAGCCAUCCCUUAUCAAACGAUGUCGUAGCUUUAGAAUCGAUGCCCGUUGAUGCCUUGGCGCGUUUUCUUUUUCUGUUUCCCCAAUUUUUAUUACAAAAAAUUAAAUCCCCCAAUAUCUCCUCUCAAUUCAAAAACAACCUAGACUCACUCACUCACUCAACUCAGACUGCAAAUCCACUCUAUUCCCAAUAUUAAUAAUAACAAAAAGAAAAGAAACUGAAGCAGUAAAAGAUGUUGAAUACGAAAACAUUCAGAGGAGCUAACGUGUUCAUGUCGCGAAAUCUUGUGCCGCCGGAAGUCUUCGACGCCCUUCUCGAUGCUCUCAGACUCAACGGCGCCCAAGUACUUCUCUGUUGCGAUCCUUCUCGCAAUGGCCCUAACGAUUACCAUAUCAUCUCCUCUCCUGAUCACGAGAAAUUCGAGGAUCUUAGAGCUAAGGGAUGUAAUUUACUAGGUCCUCAGUGUGUGCUUUCAUGUGCAAAAGAACACAGGACAUUGCCUAAACAAGGUUUCACUUGUUGCCUUGCAAUGGAUGGUGUUAAAGUUCUUGCAUCUGGCUUUGACAUUGAUGAAAAGGUUAAGAUAGAAAAGUUGGUAACGGCAAUGGGGGGACAGUUGCAUACUAAAACAUCUUUGGACGUUAGUUUUGUCAUUGUAAAGAAUGUUUUGGCUGCAAAAUACAAGUGGGCUCUAAAUAUUCUGAAGAAACCAGUUGUCACUUGCAACUGGUUAUAUCAGUGCUGGAAUGAGCAUCGUGUUGUUCCUCAAGAGUCAUAUAGGGUUCUUCCAUUUUCUGGAUUAAUGAUAUGUGUUACCAGAAUACCUGCAGAUGAGCGGAAAGAGAUUGAAAAAACCAUUGCACAAAAUGGUGGGAAAUAUUCUGCCGAGCUGACGAAGAAAUGCACACAUUUGAUUUGCGAUGCUCCUGAAGGUGACAAGUACAAGGUUGCUCAAAGGUGGGGCCACAUUCAUAUUGUAAUGCGAAAAUGGUUUGAUCAGUCUGUUGCUAGGAGAGCAUGUCUUAAUGAGGAGUCCUAUCCUGUUCAGGGUGGUUCUGCAUCUUCCAUUAAAAAGAGUUCCUCAAUGGCACAGCAUAUUAUUGGAAAUUCAAUAUCUGUGCCAUCUGCAGCACCUGCAGAGUCUAAUUUGCCAGGUUUACCUGGUGCAGGGGUUUCUGAUCUUGAUCUGGAACCUACUCUCUCACAGAACAUGUCUUCUAUGUUUUCUGAUCCUCCUGUCUCUGUGAAAGAGUGGGAUAAUGAAGUGCCUGCAGUGCACCCCACCAAUGAAACAAACCUGGAUGGUUGUGUUGCCAAUGACUCUCAAUCUGAAGACAGUGAUUUAUACUUGUCAGAGUGUAGAAUAUCACUUGUUGGUUUUGAAGCUUCUGAAUUACGUAAAUUAGUGAAUAUGGUGCGUAGAGGUGGGGGUUCCCGUUAUUUGUCUUUCAAUGAUAAAUUGACACACAUUGUAGUCGGAGCUCCAACGGAGGUUGAAAAAAAGGAGCUGAGGGGCCUUGCCGCUUUGGGUGUCAUUGAUGUGGUUAGACCUACCUGGCUGGAAGAUUGUGAUCGUCAAAAGAAAGAAGUUCCUGUUAUCAGGCAGCAUCUUGCCUAUGAUCUACUUCUUCCUAAAGAUUCUAUGAGCUCCAUUAAAGGAGCUGUAGUUGGUAUGAAUCAAGGUAAAGUCGCCAGUGCCUUUUCGAGUAUUCAUUCUGAUCAGUUACUUGGAAGUGCAAACUUUGGCAAUGGGAAAACAUCGUCAUUGGAGAAUAGCAGAGAAGAGAAACCAGAAAUCUACAUGAGUAGGAGCAUAUCUCUGGAAGCGACUGUGAGACAGUCCCAGCAGAACAUAUUUUCCAUUGUUAAUGAUGAAAAGAAGAGUGGAAAGAAGACACAGCCUAAUUCCAGCUGUCAAAACCAGAAGCCAUUAACUGUUUUUAAGGGGAAAAUAUUUUGCUUUUCAAAUUCCUUUCCUGCAGAUAGGAGAGCUGAAAUUAUUGAGUGGGUGAGUCAAGGGGGAGGGAAGAUGGUGGAAGAUCACACCAAAAAGAAUGUGAACUUCACUAUUGAAUGCCAUGGCACGAUACCAAGGUGCAUGGGUGGUUCCCAAACUACUUAUGUAUCCAGUCACUGGGUCCGGUCUUGUUUAGAGGAUGAAAGCUUGCUGGAUGUUGGUGGCCAUAUUAUAUAUUCUCCAUUACCCUGCCAGAUUCCUUUGCCUGGUUUUGAAAACUUCCGGUUUUGCAUUUCACAGUAUGAGGAGAAAGAUAGAUUAUUAUUAAGAAAUUUGUGCUUUGUUCUUGGGGCUAAGUUUGUGGAGAAGCUUACUAGAAAGGUCACCCACCUGUUAUGCAAGUUUACCAAUGGACCAAAAUAUGAGGCUGCUUGUAAGUGGGGCAUAUGCUCUAUUACAUCUGAGUGGAUUUAUGAAUGUGUUAGGCAGAAUGAAGUUGUUGCACUGGAUCGAUUUCGUCCAAAAGAAGUUACUUCUCAAGACCAAGAAGCAGGAUUAUGCACUGUGAGCCAGUUUCCUACUCAAGCUGCUCGAAUGAUAUCUGGAGAAAAUCCAUCUCAAUUAAUAAGCCAGUCACGGGACCUGAGAAGCGCACCAACUCAAACUGGCAGUAUUGGAAUUUUUAGCUUUGGGGAAGAUGCCCAAAAAUCUACGAAGUACUCUAAAAAGGCAAGGCUUUUGAAAAGUGAUGAUCAGGAGGCACAGCUUAGUUUCCAUUUAGAUGACCCCGUUUACACUAUUAAUUCCACUAGAGGCAAUGACUCAAAAGAUACGGCAGGGUCUUCUCAUGGUGUACCAGAUGUUGCUGCUGCUAUUGAGGACUUGUUGGAGCAGACGAGCAAGAUUCAUGAUCAGAAGUCGCUGGGGAAGAGUGAGUGUGAUAAAAAUCUAUAUCCAUCUGAUCCAAUACUUGGUGAGGACCACGGGGGCUCUCACUCUGUCAUUGGAGUACCCAACCACUGGUUAAAUAGAACUGGGAAAAGAGAUGAUUUAUCCAAUCCUUCUAGAGAAGUAAACAGAGGAGUGUAUGAUAAUUUCACUGAAACUCAAACGGAGUCUCAGGUUGUUCUAUAUGAAGAAGAUUUGUCAGGCAGGCAAAUGAUUAUAGACAGGGUUCGAACCCGGAGUAGCAUGGCGUGAAGCAAUAGGACAACUCCCUGCAUAAGUGAAACUUGUGCGACAGUAGACAGAAUACAUUUAUUGAGAUGAAACUUUGAUGCAAAUAUAGGAUUUUGCCAAUCAAGGUAAAGUGUCUUUUGACCUGCAUUAAUUUAAGUAUCAUCCUGGGGAGGAUGGACAGUAAAUAGCAGAUAAGGGUGAGAUGGCAACUGUAAUCAAUACCCUAGUUCUUCAGAGUCGCUUACCAAUUACUAUCCCAUGUAUGCAGCUUGUUAAAGAACAUCUUACAGGUUGUGAAAGCCAUUUCAUGUAUUAUAUAUACUCUUUAAGUACACUGUAAUUUAUUGGUUCAGAUGGUCACAAGUGAUUUUGCAUUUGAGAUUUCAA